AUGAAUACGCCCAUAGAUAAUAUAGCAGCUUGGAUUAGACUUCCAGGUUUGGCCAUAGAGUACUACUGUAGACCUAUUUUGGAAAAAAUAGGAAACAUUGUGGAAAAAACCAUCAAGGUGGACACAAAUACAGCAGAAAUCACAAGGGAAAAAUUUGCACGGUUAUGUGUGGAGGUUGACCUACAACAGCCUCUAGUCUCUCAAUACCAGAUUAACGGACAAACUCAUGUAGUGGAAUAUGAGGGCAUUCAUUUGGUAUGCUUUAGGUGUGGAAGAGUGGGACAUGACAAAGCCAACUGCAAGGAAGGAAAACAAGACCCCUCACCAGAGCAACAAAUCCAGAAGGAAGGUCAAGCGACAAAUGCAGAGGUUGAAGAAGAGGAUAGAAAUGGAAAUAAGAAUAUCGACAAGGGCAAAAAAGUGAUAGAGGAACCUGCUGAUGCCUUUGGCCCCUGGAUGAUAGUACAGAGGUCUACGCGUGGCAAAAAGACCACAAAACCAGGAGAAGGUACAAGUAGUGGAGGAGGUGGAAAAGAAAAGGAGAAGGAAAGAAAGAUAGAAAGUGAGAGGCGACAGUCACGUUUUGCUGUACUAGCAGAGGAAGAACCUAAAAGGAAUGAAGAAAGCAAUCCUAAAGCGACGGCAGGAAUCAGUAAUGAACCACAAUCAGAAAAAGACAAAGGUAUGUCCUCAACUUCCUCUCAUAAGAAGAAUAAUCUAGACCUUCCUAAGCCAGUUAACCCUACCCAUAUGUCCACAACCAGACCAAAAAGCCCAAACACACAUGCCCACAAACAAGCCCAAAUAGCUAAUACACCAGAAAAAAACACUGUCCAACACCAACAGAUUAAUAGUAAUAACCCUGUUUCCCAACCAGAACACCAAUUAGACAAAAACCCUUAUGCCAUGACCCAAACCUGCAACACACCAAACUCUUCCUCUGUCCAGCCCAAUGACUUUAUUUUGAACAACCCUGAUCAUCCUCCCCAUUUUCAAGAAAAUUGGAUUGUAUCCACUCAACCAAGCCAAGUACUCUCCUUAGCUAUCCCUCAGACAGCUUUGGAGGAUCCAGCCCAGAGUAAACCACCUGAUCCACCUUUUAACUCACUACAAACUAGUGAAUUGGUGGAAGCUAUGUUAGUAUAUGAGAAUGAAGAAGCAAAUAAGGCAAUUCAGCAAGGAGUUAAUCCACCUCAGGUGGAAGACAUGCAGUGCAAUUAA